AUGACUCCAUCCGGCGUCGCAUUCUACAAGGACAUUCUCAACAUAGCGGAGGAAAGAGAGGUCGAUAAAGGCCUCUGGAUGGGCCCAAAACAGCCUGGAUGCCUCAAAGCGGAGAGGGGACGACACCCGCAUCAUCUGGAAGAGCAUGCAAGGAGAACAGGAGGAAAGGACGUGAAUCUGGAGCUCCAUUGGCAAGAGGCUGAAAUGCGUAAACGAGGCAACUGGGUCGCGUGUGCCUAA